GGUGUCGGACGUUUCUCGAACACUCGAUUUUUACGUAAACACGAUCGUCUAUUGUCAAUUUUGAGACAAAAACGUGUUGUCUGUGAAUGGACGGACAAUCUAUGAAUGAAAUGUUUGUUUCUGUUUUGAAUGUGACUUGUGUGAAGAUCAGCGAAAAAGGAAACAUAAAAAUAUAGUUAUUUUUUCGGUUUAUUAUCGGACCAUGACAAAAACUCGUGUCAUGGUGAAUUAGAGGAUGGAUUUUUAUGUGCUUUGUGUCGCUAUAAAGUGUAAUUUAACAGAAAUUGCGUCCGUUCCGUGACUGUGUUGUAGGAGGAAUUUUAAUGUAAUGUUUACAUCUGGGCACUUGGACUUAGCGGAUUAACUUUAUUUUAGUUGUCGUUGUAAGAAUUUUCCUAGGAUUUCCCUCAGUCAAUUAAAAUUUGACGAUUCAUUUGAGUUAAUCAACACAUCAUCGUUAGCAUCACGCUAUUUUUACGGCUUACUAAACCUACGUAGUUAUUAAUCGUUUAUACACGACUAAAAAAUCUUCCUUCUCACGUCACGCAUUAUUGAUGACCACUGUUAUCUCUAAAAUUAGGUGUUAUUCUUAGCUCGUAUCGUGUACGUUAACGCAAUCUUGAUUCGAUGUUCCCUUUACGCCGCAAGUGGAAUUCCCUGAUUGAGUAACCAGCCUCUUAGCACCAUUGCGAAGCCGGCUUACCUGUCGCCAGCACGCUUUUAAAGUCGUUAAGAGAAUUAAUACGAAAUAAAUGACUGUCUCGUUAGUUGAAAACCAAAUGACAGUCGCGUAACAGCAGCGCCCGAAGAUGUACAGAAUAGUGUUGUUUGCGGUGUUCUUCCAACUGACUGUAGCGGGGCGUGUACAAGUGUGUGAUUUAGAAAACAGUGUGGAUAUAUCAUCAGGGAAACGGUUUUCCAAUGGAGACAUUUUAUUCGGAAAUGUAGUUUAUAAUAGACACCAAUAUUACAUCGAUAAUGAGACUUUAAGUGCAAGAGGAUGUGUGUGUUUAAAGAAGACUUGUAUCAGGAAAUGUUGUCCUGUGGGGCAGGGGUACACAAAGAGGGCUUGUGUGGAUGUGGCUGAGCUAUUCAACCCCCCGAUAUGGGACGACCAUGUGCCACAAACUGGGAUGAAUGUGUCCAGGUUUACCCUGGUAUCCGGGAUAGUGCAGUGUAAGGAGGAUAUGGUGAGACUACGGAUGAAAGGGACAGUGAAGGGAGACUUCCGUCUACUACUGGACGGCAGGCUCUUCAUCCAAGUCCCCGGCAGCGUGAACCCUUGGCUGAAACGCGAGCCAGACGAGUACUGCAUAGACAGUUUCAUACAGGAGCAUGAAGAUGGUACCAGGAGUACCAAGUUAGACGCGCUGGUCUGCUUCCCUCAGGAUGAGGAGGAGAGCUCCAACUACAUCGUCAGCUCCACUUGUAUGCUGAUCUCAUCAGCGUUCUUCAUAGUCACCAUAGCGGUUUACGCACUGCUACCAGAAUUGCAAAACCUACACGGACGGGUGCUGAUGGUGUACCUUGCUUGCAUGUGUGUAGGCUUCACAUUCCUCGCCGCCAUGCAGAUCAUGAUAACCGUCAAUAACACCACGAUCACCAUUUGCAUUGGACUCACAUUCGUGAUCUACUUUGCUCUGUUAUCUGCGUUCUUCUGGCUCAACGUCAUGUGUUUCGAUAUUUGGUGGACUUUUAGUGGCAAACGUGGUCUAUCUUUUGAGAAGCUGUCAAUACGGGCGCGUUUCUGUGCGUACGCAGCGUACGCCUUCGGUUUCCCCACCGGCUUGACCAUAAUCAUGGCCGCACUUGAAUUCUCCGGGCUGCCUGCGCACCCAGCCAUGCCUAUGUUGAGACAACAGGGCUGUUUCCUUCACGGCACCAGCAAAUUGCUGUACCUGUACGGCCCCAUGAUGAUCCUUUGUGUGGCCAACAUCGUAUUCUUUAUCCUGACGGCGUGGAAGAUCACGCAGAUUAAACAACAGACGCAGAAGACACUCAAGUCUAAGGACAGCGCUACUACGGAUCAGCACAGGAAUGACAGGCAAAGGCUUCUUCUCUACGUAAAACUCUUCACCAUAAUGGGCAUCAACUGGAUCCUGGAGAUCAUCAGCGGCCAAUACCCUCAGACCAACAUCGUGUUCCGUAUCAUUGACGUCUACAACGUCAUGAUUGGCGUCUUCAUCUUUAUCAUCUUCGUCUGUAAGCGCAAGAUAUUCCGCCUUAUGAAGAAAAGGUUCAAUGAAACAUUUCGCAUCUCACACAGCGAUAGUGAAGAGAGACCGGUAGGCCACAGGGACGUGAAGAAUUGGAAGGAAUAUCAGCAGCAAAGAGGCAGUCUUGAUACAGUACAACCAGAUGCGCGGGGAACCCAUGUCACGCACACAGACACAAACCACAUCGACGCGGACGCUGUCCACCCGGGAUGACUUUCGGAUGAACUCCCUCAAGAAUAACCAUAACCAACAAGUCUGAGUUGUUCGGGUCUAUCCGAGAUGACUUACAAAAGAACUGCUUCAAGAAUAACCAGCAAGUUUGAUUGGUCUUGGUGUGCCCAAGUUGUUCGAACACUGUCCUCCCAGGAUGACUUCCUCAAUUCUAACCAGCAAGAUUGAACUAUCUUGGUGUUGCCAAGGUUAACCUUGAUCUCCUGGCGGUCAAGCCAAAGUGACUACCCGUGUCCGCGCCACGGACUAAACGCAACUAGAUCUGGUGCACCAUUAUGGAAGAGUGAUCAAAGAGAGUAAUUUGUCUACGCGUUACAUAUUUAAUCUGCAAAUGCGGACAAGCGUUUGUCAAUGGAAUUGCUCUGUUGUGUCUGGCGAGAUGUAUUAAUGAAACUGUAAUCUCUCCAUAACCUAUCACUUUAUGCAUAUUAGUGCGACAGAGAUAUUGGCGUGGCCGUGUAGCUACGAAAAAUGAGCUGAUGCAUUUAGUACCUAUUUUGAUGUGUAAUGGCACUGGAUUUAA